CUGCCUCUGCCUCUUCAGAAGGAGAGGUCCUCCAGAGAGCACCAGCCACAGCAACUGUCCACCCUUGCAAAAAACAUCUUCAUCAUGGCGUAUAAAGCAGCACAUUUGGCCUUUAAGUCGCGCUGGCACAAGACAGAUGAAGAACUCUGUCGGCACAGUAUGUCCUUUGUCUUGCAUAAGGCGAUCCAAAAUGACUUCUUUCAGAGUUACCUUUAUCUGCUGGAAAAGCUUCCCCUGGUGAAACUUUACGCUUUGACAAGUCAAGUUAUCAAUGGGGAGAUGCAGUUCUACGCCAGGGCCAAACACUUCUACCAGGAGGUGCCAGCCACAGAAGAGGGCAUGAUGGGAGACUACAUUGAGCUCUCCAAAAUAGACAUUGAAUCCUCCAGAGAGUUUCUCAGGAAGUUUGUUGGGGGGGCAGGGAAAGCUGGCACCAACCGCGCCCUGGACUGCGGCUCUGGGAUAGGUCGUAUCAGCAAGCAUGUCCUAUUACCAGUUUUCAAGAGUGUGGAACUGGUGGAUAUGAUGGAGAAUUUCCUGGCUGAGGUCCCAAACUACCUGCAGGGCAAAGAGGACAGAGUAGAGAUGUAUUAUUGCAAAAGCCUCCAGGAAUUCACUCCAGCCCCACAAAGAUAUGAUGUCAUCUGGAUUCAGUGGGUUUCAGGAUAUCUGACAGAUAAAGAUCUCCUGGAGUUUCUCGUCCGGUGCCAGAGUGGCUUGAAGGAUAAUGGUGUUAUCAUUCUCAAGGACAAUGUAGCCAGGGAGGGCUGUAUCCUGGAUUGUCUGGAUAGUAGUGUGAUCCGAGACCUGAACAUCCUCCACAGCCUCAUUGAAAUGAGUGGACUCACCAUCCUACGAGAGGAGAGGCAGGAGGGAUUUCCUGAGCAGUGUGUCCCUGUCUGGAUGUUGGCCAUGCAGAAAGGCCCUGGCCAUUCCUGA